CAAUAGCACCAACUGUUUGGUGAUAGCAGCGCCAGUGAGGGGAGGCAGGGACAGGGAAAGGGGCUUUUCUAUGGCCACCUUGGAAAGCCAUGCAAGAUCCCUGGCUCAACCAGAAAAAGAAGACAUCCAAAAACUGUUCAACUAAAUAAUCGCAUAUUAGUAGGAAAAACAACCGUAACAAAUCUUACUCAGUCAGCACAGAGCCUUUAUGAAGUUCAUGACUCUGAAAUCGAACAGCGAUCAAUAGAAGAAGAGUACUAAAAUAAUCCAAGGAAUAAGAGAUAAUUAAGUAGACUAAAAUGCGCGUCUGAAACAAAUUGAUUUGAAGUGUCUAUAGAGUGCAAGGCUACAUGGAAAAUACCACAAAAAUAUUCAAGAACAAUACAAAGAACAUUCUAAGCACAGUGCCAAGGAUCUCUUAAAUAGUUUUUGAUGACAGGUGAAGGCGGAUCCAUUCUGACAGAAAAUAUUUGAUCUUUACCAAGAUUUUCAAAAAGUCAUUGAUUUGACUCCGCCUUUAAAACUACAUUUUUUUGUCUGCAGUCACAGAAGGGAAGAAAUGAGUGGAGGUCGUUUUGAAUUUGAUGAUGGUGGAGCUUAUUGUGGUGGUUGGGAAGGUGGCAAAGCCCAUGGGCAUGGGAUCUGCACCGGACCUAAAGGACAAGGCGAGUUCUCCGGCUCCUGGAAUUACGGGUUUGAGGUGGUUGGAGUCUACACCUGGCCAAGCGGAAACGCCUAUGAAGGUUUCUGGUCGCAAGGGAAGCGCCAUGGUCUUGGAGUUGAGAGUAAAGGACAUUGGGUUUACAAGGGAGAAUGGACUCAUGGCUUCAAGGGGAGAUAUGGUUUGAGGCUGAGUGUUGGUAGUGGGGCGAAGUAUGAAGGAACGUGGAAUAACGGAUUGCAAGAUGGAUAUGGCACAGAGACCUAUGCUGAUGGUGGCACAUUUCAGGGCCAAUUUACUGGCGGCAUGCGACACGGGUACGGAGUACGCCAGAGCGUGCCUUACGGCAUGGCGGCGGUGGUUCGCUCCCCUCUCCGCACUUCCCUCACAUCCCUCCGCAGUGAGCAAAGUAAUGGCACCCUGCUUCAGCAGGACGUCCCCGUCAUCAUCGCCACCAACGCCGCCGGCCAGGAGGCCCGAGUCACCACACCCACCCAGCUGGGACCCUCCCGGGGUGGCUUCGCCCUCACACUCCAGGUGGACCCAGAUGCCGUCAAGCCCAAGAAGAAGGGCCUGUUCCGAAGGGGUUCUCUCCUGGGGAAACUGAAGAAGUCUGACUCCCGUACUUCCUUAUCCAGCGUGAGGAGCAAGCUAAGCUUCCUGGGAGCGAGGAGCGAGUCAGCGUUGAGUUCAGCGGCCAGCGAUGUGGCCAGCGAUGCCAACUCCACCAUCAGUCUGGGAGAUGAGAGCCUAGCCGGGGCAGAGGAUUUCCCCCCUGUGGAGGCCGACAUCGAUGCCACCACCACAGAGGUUUACAUGGGUGAGUGGAAGAACGACAAGCGUUCAGGCUAUGGAAUAAGCGAACGUUCCAGUGGGCUAAAGUAUGAAGGCGAAUGGCUGGACAACCAGCGACACGGCUAUGGAUGCACUACCUUUGCGGAAGGAGGGAAGGAGGAAGGAAAGUAUAUGAACAACAUGCUGGUGAAGGCCAUGAAGAAGAGGGUUAUCCAACUGAAGGGCAGCAAGAUCAGGCAGAAAGUGGAGCGCAGUGUGGAGGGAGCUCAGCGAGCGGCAGCCAUCGCCAAACAGAAAGCAGAGAUUGCUGCCUCCAGGACGACCCAUGCUAAGGCCAAGUCAGAUGCUGCCGAUCAGGCUUCCCAGGCCUCCAACCAGGAGUCCAGCGUCGCCAGGGUAGUGGCCAGGGAACUGUCCCCUUCCUUCUAUCAGCCAGGCCCAGAGUACAUGAAAAAGAGAGCAUUACAGGAGAUCUCAGAGGCCAAUGAGCACACAGACCCUAUAAUGCAUGAGCAACUGUUAGCAGAGCAGCCACUGACACCUGCUGAAAGCCCAAUGCUGCACGACAGGCCUGGCUCCACUCCAGCCUGCACACCCUCCCCCAGCCCGGCCAUCACCCCUCCAGCAUCCAGGCACUCCAAACAGGGCAGCAUCAGCAAAGAGGACUCCCAUCUACUCGGCCCUGCUGGCUGGAACGGGGACAAAGGUGGUGGAAGUCGGGGGAGCAGCCGUCCCAACAGCAGAACCAACAGCCGACCCACCACCCCCUCGUACAAUGUGGCCACCACCACUGCUCCCCCUGAAGAGUGCCCCACUUCUGCCCCCAUCCUCAGCAGCCGGGGGAACUCCCGCGCCUCCAGCCGCCUGAGCAACAAGAUAGAGCAGUGCUCUGACCUGGAGAUCAAGCCCCUGGAGAAGACGGCCUCUGAGGCUAAAUUGUCCAACGCUACUCCCUUGGUAAGGACCAGUGUCACCUACUCAGAAGAAGAAGUCCCACCCCCUCAUCCCGCCUCCAAAGAGUCUUCCAAAGCUGCCGUCACCCCCGAGGUUAAUGAGGCAGAGUCCACACAAAGAACAGAGUCGGUCAAUGAACGACCAGUGUCCGCUGUAUCUGAGAGCAAACCAGGGUCCAGCGCUCAGUCUGUUAAUAAAGUGUCACCCAAGCCAUCGCCGUCACCCAAGCCAUCGCCAAAACGAGAGGCCAGUCCGACUUCAAAACCUGCCACACCUGCACCCAAACAAGCACCUAAGGUUGAACCCAAAGCGGAGGCCAAGCUGAUGAAGAACAUGGUAAAGAGCCCAGGUACAAGUGAAGUUACAGAGCUAGAUGAAUUUGAGCAGGGUCCGAACACCAUCGUGAUAACCAUGGUGAUUCUGCUCAACAUUGGCCUGGCCAUUCUCUUCGUACACAUCCUGUCAUGAAACUCUGUCGGCCCAGGUCACCAGCUUGCAUUGGUGUUGAGGUAAGAUUGCCCACAUUUUUAAGCAAGGAUCAUCCAGAACAAAGAGACUACCAAAAAAUUCAAGCCUUAUAUGGAAGGAAACUGACAACAGCUUCUCCACACACAGCCUCUUGUGACUGUGUUGAGGCUCUUUAAGGCCAAACAGAUUUUCAGAGUCUUGGAAUAUCUGGAGCCGAAUUGAAGGACUUAUGAAUCAAGACUGAAGGACAUCAAUGAAUCUGAAUGUCAGGAAGAGGGUCUGAUUGGACACUGUGCUUGUAAAGGGGGGAUCCACUGGUGAGUUUCAGUAUCUACACUGGAGAUGUUGUUGUAAGUUAUACACAAGUUAAGUCUACGCUCAAUGGCUUAACACCGACAGAUUAGAGUGGUUGGUGACUGGACAGGUGAGGUUGUGUUCACACAGUUAGCCCAAUUCUGAUAUUUUUUCCUCUAACUGGUCUUUUGACCAAUCAAAUCAGAUCUUUUCACAUCAGAUUUUUUUUUCGAGAUGAUCUGAUUGGUCAAAAGACCAAUUAGUGAAAAAAAUAUCAGAUUUGGGCUGUCUGUCUAAACGUAGCCUAAGUGUCAUUAAAUAAUUAGUUAUGUAAUUAGAUAUUCAUUUAACCGAUAGCUUGCCUAUAGAAAUGUAGUCUCUUGGAAAAUCUCAAAUAAACUGAAUAUCCAUCACUAAUUUGUUCCUUGAAAUUUAGUUUGAUAGAUCAGGUUUUCCCAAACACUGUCCUCUGGAUCCCAAGGGGUGCAUGCUUUGGUUUUUGUCCUAGCACUACACAGCUGUUUCAAAUUAUCAACUAAUCCUCACUUGAAUCAGCUGUAUAGUGUUAGGGCAUAAAACCGAAACUUGCACCCCUUGGCCGAGUUUGGGAGGGGAGGGGAGGGGAGAGGAGAGGAGAGGAGAGGAGAGGAGAGGAGAGGAGAGGAGAGGAGAGGAGAGGAGAGGAGAGGAGAGGAGAGGAGAGAGGAGAGGAGAGGAGGGGUAAUAGUGUUGCGAUUUAUAUAUUAUGCCACCAUUAGAUUAUCUGUUUUCUUUUUUUGCCAUAUUCUCAGCUUUCUUCAGUAGACAUCAGUAAAGACAUCUCACAGUCUCUUUGACGCAGUCUCUUUGACAUCACAGGGCUCCUGUAAGACAUGAACUACAGAAUAUAGAUUCGACAUGAACUACAGAAUAUAGAUUCCACAAUGUCUGAGAAUCAGUGAUUCUUUUAACCACAAUGGAAACACAACCCACCACAUUUACAUUUACAUUUAAGUCAUUUAGCAGACGCUCACCACAGCAGUGCAAUGUCAUGUACGGUUAUGUUUUCACAUCAAAUAUUCGCUUUCCAAGGCAAAUGUUUGAGUGAGUCACACUGGACUUGUGUUUAAAACAAUAUCUGUAACUGGAGUGGUACUGCACUAAUAAAAGGCGUUGUAUAAUUCAGUAAGAGGUUUUCAAAUUACACAGAAUAGAGGAUACAUUUUAGGACUUUAACCAGUGUGUGUGGUAUUGAAUUUCUGGUGUAAUGUCUACUGUAUGUAAACUGUCUUCUGUUUGUCUGAUCAAAAGUAAGGUAAAGCACCCUAUUUUAUGCUUUGACUUCAAUAAAAGCAUGACUCAAUCGAGUCACAGUGACAGACGUGGGCGGGUGGGGGGUCAAUUCUGUCAAAACAAUUGGGGAACACUUUGUAAAGAUUUUGAGGGUAAUUAUUUGAACAAAUGGGUUUGCUUUGUUAGAAUGUAAUUGUGAGCAGUUGUUUAGGGAUUUUGUUGGUCUGUAUGUUUGAGUAGGUCACACUAUUUAAAAUGCAUUUCAUUCAGAACAAACAGCUUGCGCUUCAAAAUCAAUUAAGCAGAUUUUCCUCCCAACUUUUGUAAGCAUCUGGGCACUGUUUGUUUGUUUGUUUGUGUGUUUGUUUGUGUGUUUUUGUACCUUUUUGAAGUACACCUAUUUUAAUCUA